CACUCCUAGCUUAAUUAUCGAACUGACCAAUUAACACAAAACGCUUUUCCAAAUCAACUUCACUAUAACCGAUUCGUUCCACCAUUCCAAACGUCACAAAUAUUUAAGAACCUGGAAAUCACACUCUUUUCCACCAAGCGUUAGCGUAUACUAUAAUCUAAUUUUAUUUUGUUUUUCGGUUUGGGGUUCCUAGCCGGUGGUGACUCGUCGGAACCAUCAUGGGCUGCAACACCUCGAGACUUGACCGGCUACCGGCGGUGGCACUGUGCCGUGACCGUUGCAAGUUCUUGGACGACGCGCUUCGCCAAAGCUACGCCCUCGCCGACGCACACGUGGCACACAUGGAGGCCCUCAAAACACUUGGCCACGCUCUCCUCUGUUUCUUCGACGGUUUCGAGGAUUCCGACGAAACUAAUGUCCCAAAUAAGGAAACCAAAGUUCCUGUCGCCACGAAAUCUCCACCCCCUCACUCCCCUUCUUCCUUUAGUUCGGACUCAGACGACGCACACGUGCUUUUGCAUUCCGAAUCAGAAACCGAAGACGCAGAAAAAGAAGAGUUCCAAUUGUUCACUCACGCGCGUUAUGACUACGCUCACUCGGCUCGUUACCCCCCGUUUUCUCCGCCGCGUGGCUAUUCCGGCUCGAAGCCGCCGUCUCCGCCGCCUCCUUCCGGCUCCGCCUGGGAUUUCCUUAACUUCUUCGAGCCGUACGAGAAGUACCACGUGCCUUAUUUUCCUGGCGGCGGUGACGCUGACGUGGCCGAGAAUGAAAAGGGGAAGGUUGAGAAACGUGACGGGUCUAAAUCUAAGGAGGAAAAUGGAGAAGCGAAGAAAAAGAAGGGUGAUUCGAAGGAGAAGAAGGUGGUUUCUGAGAAAGCGGAAGUUGUAUUAGUUUCAGAGCAAUGUAGUGACUCUGCGAAAGGUUUCUCUGAGGCAGUGAAAGAGAUUCAGAUUCUGUUUGAGAAAGCGUCGGAGUCGGGGAACCCCGUUUUGGAGAUGCUGGACGCUGGGAAACUCCGUUACCAUCGAAAAUUUGACCUCAACCCGGUUUCGUGCAAGAUGAUGCAUGUGUUUACUCCCUCAAGUCCUCUUGGGGUUAGAUGCAUGAAAUCCUCGGUUGGGCGGAGAAUGGGAUCUGGGUAUGAAGGAGACAAGGAUCUCACUUACGCCAAUCUCUGCUCUACUCUGAAAAAACUAUGUAUGUGGGAGAAGAAGCUGUAUCAUGAAGUCAAGGCUGAGGAGAAAUUGCGUAUGCUUCAUCAGAAGAAGUGUAAGCAGUUGAGACGUAUGAAACAAAAGGAUGCCGAUGCACAGAAAAUUGAUUCUGUUCAAACUUUCAUUGGGAUUUUAUCUACAAAAAUGAAAAUUUCUAUCCAAGUAGUUGACAAGAUAUCUAUUACAAUUAGUAAGUUGAGAGAAGAGGAGCUGUGGCCGCUGAUCUACAGGUUUAUUCUCACGUUUCUCGGAAUGUGGAAAGAUAUGCAAGAAUGUUACAAAUGCCAAUAUCAGCAAAUUGUUGAAGCCAAAACUUUAGAUGCCUUAUCGUUAAACACAAAGCCUGGCAAUGCUCAUAUUGAUGCAACAAUAAAACUCAAAUCUGAGGUACAGAAAUGGAAUUUGAGCUUCUUAGAUUGGAUUCACGCCCAGAGGUCCCAUGUGAAAGCCUUGAAUGGUUGGCUGGUAAGAUGUCUAUUAUACGAACCCGAAGAAGUACCCGAUGAUUCAACUCCCUUCUCACCUAGCAAGAUUGGGGCACCACCUGUGUUUGUGAUCUGUCACAAAUGGUCAAGGGCAGUGGAUAAUCUCUCAGAGAAGAAUGUAAUUGAAGCCGUAAAUGGGUUCAUGCUACGAGUGAACGAGCUCUUGGAAAAGCAUAUUUUAGACCUUCAACAAAAACUAACAUUGGACAAAGAAUUUGAGAGAAAGGUGAAAAUGUUGGAGAGGGAGGAGCAAAAGAUGCACAAAGUGAUGCGGGCUCAUGAGAGGAAGAUGGUUACAGUUGGCAGAGAAGAAUCUGAUGCACUUUUACGUGGAGAUGCUGUGCAUCACGCUGAUAUCGUUGAUUCUACUAACCUACAAUCAAGUUUGAAGCAGAUCUUUGGUGCCAUGGAAAAGUUCACAGACUCCACUGUUCGCUUAUAUGAAGAACUUUGUCAACAAAUUAAGCAAGAGGAUCAUGUUUUGGGAGAAACCAACAAAAUUAGCUAGCUUUACACUUUUUAGAUUGGAUGAAUUUUGUAGGAUUGAAGUUAUCAGAAUUUUCUGAACCUAAUUUUUAUGUAUACAGCAUCUCAAAGUUUCUUCCGGGAAACAUUUGUUAAAUUUUCGGGGACUUGUUUUUCA